UAAUCAAAUCGACAAAAGUCUCUCUCUCUCUCUCUCUCCUCUUUAUUCAAAAAUUAUACCGGCAAAAAUGGACGAUCAACCGCCGCUAAUCUGGCCUCAGUUUGAAUCUACCGGAUAUACUCACCGGAGAUCACCAAUUCCGGCGAUGUUAGUUCCGGCGAUGAUCGGAGUUAUUUCAGCGGCGAUUUUUCUUUUGUUUGUGAACUUUGUGAUCCCUCCGUUUCUCUCGGUCACAUCUCAGAUUCUUCAGCCGUCAUCGGUGAAGCGAGGAUGGGAUUCGAUUAACGUCGUUUUAGUAGUUUUCGCGAUUUUAUGCGGCGUACUCGCUAGACGAAACGACGACGGAUUGUCGUCAGAGUCUUUACACGGCGGAGAAGAAGAAGAAGUAGGAGGAGCUGUGACGAGUGGUGAAAUGACCGUCGGUGAGAUUAGCAAAAUCUCUUCCUCGUCGUCGGCGGUUUCAGAGCAGUGGUUUGAUGACGUGUAUGACGUCGAUAGGCUUAAGAUCUAUGAGAGUGUGAGUAGUCGGAGUUUUUCUCAUGGAGUACCGGUUACCGGAACUGUACCGUUGAGGCGUAGUUGUAGUUCGUAUCCUGAUCUGAGACAAGGAGUUUUCAGGGAAACUGGCGAUCGCCGGUUUCGGUUUUACGACGAUUUCGAAAUCGAUAAAUACCGAUCGCACGAUUCCAAUUCUUACGAAGAAUUUCAGAAUCGUUCUAAAACUGAGAUCGAAGAAGAAUCUGAGCCUAAAGAGAUUCAGAUUGAUACAUUCGUUGUAAAACCGUCUUCUCCGCCGCAACAACCACCGGCACCACCACCUCCUCCUCCACCUCCGCCGGUUGAAGUUUCCCAAAAACCGAGAAGGACUCAUCGUUCUGUUAAAAACAGAGAUAUACAAGAAAACGUUAAACGCAGUGACACUAAGUUUAAACGAGCGUUUCAGCCUCCGCCGUCACCUCCACCACCGCCUCCGCCACCCCCGCCUCCGCUUAUAACCGCUACACCACCGAGAAAACAAGGAACUCUUCAACGAAGAAAGAGCAAUGCGGCGAAAGAGAUUAAAAUGGUUUUCGCUUCUCUGUAUAAUCAAGGAAAGAGGAAGAAGAAGCUUCAGAUAUCAAAGAGAAAAGAGAGAAUCGAAUCUUCUCCGGUGGUGGUGGAUGACACGGAACCACCGCAAUACCAAUCUUUAAUUCCACCACCGUCUCCGCCUCCUCCUCCACCGCCUCCUCCACCUCCGCCUCGAUCGUCACAAUCAGUAUUCUACGGAUUGUUUAAGAAAGGAGUUAAGAGCAACAAAAAGAUUCAUUCCGUUCCGGUGCCGCCUCCACCUCCACCGCCGAGACAUACCCAAUUUGAUCCUCAGACACCACCACGGAGAGUGAAAUCCGGAAGACCUCCGCGUCCGACGAAACCGACGAAUUUCAAUGAAGAGAACAACGGCCAAGGAUCUCCGUUAAUCCAAAUUACGCCUCCACCACCUCCACCGCCUCCAUUUAGGGUUCCGCCGCUAAAAUUUGUCGUCAGUGGCGACUUCGCGAAGAUACGGAGUAAUCAAAGCUCUAGAUGUAGCUCCCCUGAACGGGAAGUGUUCGACAUCGGUUGGGGUCUAGAACUCACACAAUCUGAUGGCGGAGCUGAGACUAAAGCUGCCGUCGGCGGCGGAGGUAUGCCGGGAUUCUGUCCAAGCCCGGACGUUGAUACGAAAGCCGACAACUUCAUCGCCAGGCUUAGAGACGAGUGGAGGCUCGACAAGAUCAAUUCCGUGAAAAGAAAAAGGGAGACACAAGGACUCGGAUUUAAGUUACGGGUAAUAUUGGCAUUAUCGGUAUAGUUAUUAGUGGUAAUUGGUUCGAACUGGCUGGUUAGUUUUUGGGUUUAACCGGUUGAGGGAUUUUGGUUUGGUGUGUUUGGUUAUUCAGUUUGGAGUGUCUGAUGAAAAGUCAAUAACUUUGGUGUUGAUAUUAUUGUUGGUACUGUAUAAUGUAUGGCCCAUUGAUAUGAAAAUAUAGUUGUGGGCUCUGA